ACCCCGCAUUCAGUAUAUCCGCUCUCCCCGGACCCCGCAUUCACUAUAUCCGCUCUCCCCGGACCCCGCAUUCACUAUAUCCGCUCUCCCCGGACCCCGCAUUCACUAUAUCCGCUCUCCCCGGACCCCGCAUUCACUAUAUCCGCUCUCCCCGGACCCCGCAUUCACUAUAUCCGCUCUCCCCGGACCCCGCAUUCACUAUAUCCGCUCUCCCCGGACCCCGCAUUCACUAUAUCGGCUCUCCCCGGACCCCGCAUUUACUAUAUCCGCUCUCCCCGGACCCCGUAUUCACUAUAUCCGCUCUCCCCGGACCCCGCAUUCACUAUAUCCGCUCUCCCCGGACCCCGCAUUCACUAUAUCCGCUCUCCCCGGACCCCGCAUUCACUAUAUCCGCUCUCCCCGGACCCCGCAUUCACUAUAUCCGCUCUCCCCAGACCCCGCAUUCACUAUAUCCGCUCUGCCCGGACCCCGCAUUCACUAUAUCCGCUCUCCCCGGACCCCGCAUUCACUAUAUCCGCUCUCCCCGGACCCCGCAUUCACUAUAUCCGCUCUCCCCGGACCCCGCAUUCACUAUAUCCGCUCUCCCCGGACCCCGCAUUCACUAUAUCCGCUCUCCCCGAACCCCGCAUUCACUAUAUCCGCUCUCCCCGGACCCCGCAUUCACUAUAUCCGCUCUCCCCGGACCCCGCAUUCACUAUAUCC